AUGGCGACUGUAAUUCCGGAGCAAGUGUCGUCGGAGAAGACGUUUCCGCUUGAGGAUGCGGAGCCCGGAAUUGAUACCAAGGAGACCGAAACUGUCUCUCCCGUCGCGCCCUUGGGCAAACCACACGAGGAAAAGAAGUUCUGGUUCCAGCGGACAAAGACCAAGUACGAUCCCGACGCCAUUGCAACGCAGCCGAGCGUCUACGAUGUGCCGGAAGUCGGCGCCCAGUACCAGCCGCGCGAGGACUGGGAAAAUCUGCAUCGAUUUGACCCCGCAGCCAGAUGGACAUGGGGAGAAGAGAGGAAGGUUGUUCGGAAGAUGGAUUGGCGAAUCAUGAUCUGGUGCGCCGUCAUGUUCAUGGCCAUGGAGCUCGACCGGGCCAACCUGAGCCAAGCCCUGACGGAUAACUUUCUUGCGGAUAUGCACAUGACCACCAACGCAAUCCCAGACUACAAUAUCGGGAAUACCAUCUACGCCGUGUGCUUCCUCGCCGGCGAGUUCCCGUCCCAGCUGCUCGCGAAGUGGCUCGGUCCGGACCGGUGGAUUCCGUCCCAGAUUAUCCUCUUCUCCAUCGUGUCCGCUUCUCAAUUCUCGCUGGCGACGAGGUCAUCAUUCCUCGCAACCCGGGCACUGCUGGCGUUUCUGCAGGGAGGAUUCAUUCCCGAGGUCGUGCUCUACUUGUCGUAUUUCUACAAACACCAUGAACUUACACUCCGCCUCGGCUUCUUCUGGACCGGAAUGUUCAUUGCCGACAUCCUGGCCGCCAUCCUCGCAUUCGGGCUGCUCCAUAUGAGAAAUGUGCGCGGCUAUGCCGGCUGGCGAUGGCUCUUCCUUGUCGAGGGCUUGAUAACUGGCACCGUCGGUCUCCUAUCCUACGUCAUGAUGCCUGCGGGACCGACCCAGACGGCUAACUGGUCCCGCGGCAAGAACGGGUGGUUCUCACCACGAGAGGAAGCCAUCAUGGUCAACCGAGUCAUCAGGGACGACCCAAGCAAGGGAACCAUGCAUAACCGACAGCCAAUCACUUGGAAACUCUUGUGGAUGAGCCUGACUGACGUGGAUUUAUGGCCGAUGUAUUUGAUCGGUUUCACCUUCAACAUCCCAACCUUCUCGCCGCAGCAGUAUCUGAGCCUCUCCCUCCGUGGGCUUGGUUUCAGCACCUUCCAAACCAAUCUGCUCUCGAUCCCUUACCUAGUCCUUAAGACCAUCAACAUGCUCGCCCUAGCAACGGUGGCAGAGCUCACGGGCCAGCUCGCAGCAUGCGCAGCAGUAUUCCAGAUCUGGUGCAUCCCGUUCCUAAUCUACCUCGAGGUGGUCGACACAACCAAGGCAUCCAAGUGGCUGACCUGGGGGAUGAUCUCCCUCCUACUUGCCGCUCCACUCGCUCACCCCGUCCAAGUCGGCUGGGUCUCCCGAAACGCCAACACGGUGCGCUCGCGCGCCGUCGGGGCAGCGCUGUACAACAUGUUCCUGCAGACGGGCGUCAUCGUCUCGUCCAACAUCUACCGCGCCGACGACGCGCCGCUCUAUCGGCGCGGCAACGCCAUCCUGCUCGGGCUGGUGGGGUUCAACCUGUGUCUGUACGUCCUGGCGAAGUCGUACUACGUCUGGCGGAACCGCGUGCGGGACCUGAAGUGGGAGGGGAUGACACCUGAGGAGAGGCUGUACUACCUCUCGGACAACCAGGGGGCGGGGAACAAGAGGCUGGAUUUCAGGUUUGCUUCCUAA